UCAUCUUCUCCGGCUCGCUAAUCAUCUUCUCCGGCUAUCUAAUCAUCAGCGUCACACUCUCUACUCUCAAAAUCGGACACAAAUCACUAUGUAACUUUUUAAAAUUAGGGUUUUUGAAUUAAAAUUUGUGAAGCUUGCGUUUUGAUUUUGAUUUGUUUGUUACUCUUUCUUAUUAACCAGCGAAGCAAAUGAAAGACUUUUGAAUUGUGGGAACACAAAGUUGUUGGAGCAUAAUUCAUCUCUUUGAGGUAUGUUGCAGAUUCAACCUUCUGUGUGUUUGUACAAAUUUAUAAAAUAAAAGUUUGUUGUCUCUUGCUGCAUCUAUUGAAUGUUUUUAGAAGAUUUCCAGAAAGCAUUUGUUGCUGCAUCUAUUGAAUGUUGAAUAUUGAAACUCGGAUGGUAACACAUUUUGAAACUUUUUUGCUUGGAGUCUUGUUUUGAUUAGGAAUGUUGAUAUUUUGAUAGGGUCUUGAAUUUGCUUAUGAGUCUUUUGUUGCUUGUGAAACUGUCUAGUGUUUAUAAUAAUUUCAGGAAGCAUUUGUUGUGUUAUUUCAGGAAAGCCUUCCAGAAAAGUUUGAAAUUUUUUUUUCCUUGUUUACGCAGGAUAGAAACAAGAUGGGAGAUUCAGUACCUCUAAAACUAGCACUGCCAGAGCUGAAGUAUCCUAUUGGUUCACAGCCAAAGCAAAAGUCAGCAAUCAACCAAUAUUCCGGCUCAGAGUAUAUCUCCAUUGUUGACAGCAUCCUAAAACCAGAUGAGAUGAUAAGAGUCCGAGGAUCAUUUCUGGGACCUAUAAUGAAGCUCAGUGAGAGAGGAUUGAAGUUAUCAGCAAAGAUGGUCUACGCCAUUCUCACUAGAAGCAUCGUUUCUGUCAAGGAGAAUGAAGCCUGGUUCCAUUUCGGUGCGCAGCCAAUGAGGUUCUCUAUAAGAGAAUUUCAUAUGAUGACAGGCUUGAAAUGUAGUGGUGCAUUAGAAGGACCACGAAGGGAAACCGAUAGAUUUAAUUGGGAAUUGCUAAAGGGGCGUAGUCAUAAGUUAAGUGACGUGGUGGAACAGCUCAGAAACACAAGAGAAGAUGCUUCUGAGGAGAGAGUAUGCCUCGCAAUGCUCAUCCUGGUAGAGAGCAUAUUAUUGCGGAAGAGCAAAGGAGGGAGUUUUCCUUUGGAAUAUGCGAAAAAUGCACAGGAUAUGACAUAUCCAUGGGGGAAAGAGGCUUACAUUGUGCUCCUGAAGUCAAUUCAAAACGCUGUCGCGAAUCAUUUGGAGAAUAAAUCCAAAUUUGAGUUGCAAGGUUAUCCUCUAGUAUUCCUUCUUUGGAUACUAGAGUCGAUUCCUUUGCUAAGGAAUAAGUUCAGUAAGUGUGUACCAACAGUUGAGGUUCCUGGGCCGACUUACUUGUGUGAAAAAUACACUGAGGUAGAGAAUCCAUCACUUGAUAGGGUUUUACAGGUUGAAGCUGAUACAAAGCUGAAGGUCCAUUGCAUACUACCUUCUAUUCCUCAUGAUCCAGAAGAUGAUAUCUCCAUUGAAGACAAAUAUAGUGACGAGCUGGAAACACUGAAAGAUGUAACAAAGAAAGGGUACAAGCUUACAGCCGAUGACUGGGAAAAUAGGUGUGUAGACACAUUUGAAACAUUGGAUGCUCUUAUUCAAAUGAUGGCAAAUAAGGAGACUGGCCAAGCUUCUACUCCGAUUGAUGAGGAUUCAGUAAAUGAAAAAGUGAACAGGAUCAUCGAGGUAAUGGAGGAGAAUCUGAAGAGCAUGAAGGAUCGAAUGUCAUUACUGGAAGAAGAAAACAUGCAUCUUAGAGCCCGUGUGUCAGAGUUGGAAGGAAACAACAAUGUUUUUCCCACUAACGUGACACAACAGCGAUCCAGUGGGACACCUUUAUCUCCAAUGUCUCACACGCAACCAUCGAGUGAGACGCCUUUAUCUCCAAUGUCUCAACAGCCUAAUUUGACACAUGAGGUAUGUAACAAAUAAAUAUUGUUGAGUUUUGAAGUAAUAUUUGGAAGCUUUUGUACUUCUUGAAUGCAUUCCUGAUUUUUGCAGGAGACAAUGAUUGAAUCAGCUGCAUCUCCAAAGUCUCAACAAAAUGAGGUAUAUGCUCAAAAAUUUUUAAGAAAAUAUUUGGAAAUUCUUGUACAAAAUCCUGAAUGCCUUCCUGAUUUUUGCAGGAUUACACGCAACCAUCGAGUGAGACGCCUUUAUCUCCAAUGUCUCAACAGCCUAAUUUGACACAUGUA